AUGCAGGCACAUGCGCGCGCUGGCACCCACCACAUGUUCGGCCUACUAUCCAGCAUUUCUGCUGGCGGCGCAGAGGACCCUCAAUCUAUCCCAAGUACGCCAGACCAGGAACAUGGUUGCAGCAUGACGGCGCCGCCAACCGGCGAGGUGGCGAGUGCCAAGGUAACAUUCCCUUUGCAAUGGCAACAUGGGCAGAUGGCAGAUGAUGGCGAAGGUCGAGAAGUGAUGAUUGAAGUAGGAGCCACACCACCACCAGCCCAGCGACCCCUACAGGCUGCCAGAACGCCCAGCACAGUGGCUGUAGGCGCCUCGCAGCCAACCAUGCUUGGCCAGCUGCCCUGCUCUCGCGACCAGAAACAUUCCAACUUACAAAAGGCACUCGACGGCCCGUCACUUGGGCUUCACUUUUUCAUGCAAAUCAUCGCUUCCGUCGCCGCCAUCCUCGGCAUGGCCGCCUCCGCCUCCGCGCACAUGGCCCUCACCAACCCCGCGCCCCUCGGCUCUCCCAAGAACGGCGGCUCCGACUACGACAUGAAGUCGCCCCUCAACGCCGACGGCAGCAACUUCCCCUGCCGCGGCCACCUCAACCUGCUCGGCACCGCUGGCGGCAAGUCCGUCGCCACCUGGCCCGCCGGCUCCAAGCAGACCCUCUCCAUCGACGGCAGCGCCUGGCACAGCGGCGGCAGCUGCCAGGCCUCGCUCUCCUACGACAAGGGCAAGACCUGGACCGUGAUCUACUCGUGGCUCGGCAGCUGCCCCUCGGGCCCCGGCCCCUCGUCCUACGACUUCUCUGUCCCCGCCGAUGCCACCGCCGGCGAGGCCAUCUUCGCCUGGUCCUGGUUCAACAAGGUCGGCAACCGUGAAAUGUACAUGAACUGCGCCGUCGUCGAGAUUAGCGGCAGCAAGUCCAAGAAGCGUCGUGGUGUUGCCAUGAGCGCCCGUCCCGCCAUGUUUGUCGCCAACGUCGGCAACGGCUGCGGCACCUCCGAGGGUACCGAUUUCCAGUUCCCCGACCCCGGCCCUGAUGUCGUCACCAAGGGCUCCAACUUUGGGCCUCCCACCGGCAAGUGCGCCGGCUCCGGUAGCCCGGCUCCCCCGCCGGCUCCUGCUCCUUCCUCCUCCGCCGCCGCCGCCCCCAGCGCUCCCCCCGCUGCCAGCAGCUCCGCGCCCGUUGCCAGCAGCUCCGCACCCGUUGCCAGCAGCUCCGCACCCGCCGCCCCUGUGCCCGCCCCCAGCGGCACCCAGAAGCCUUCGCCCUCGGCCCCCGGCGGUGUCUUUAUCACCGUCUCCCAGUCCACCGGUGUCGCCACCUCGCUGCCCACCACCGUCCAGACCAUCGUCCGCCCUACCCAGAGCGCUCCCGCGCCCAGCAACUCGGCCCCUGCCGUCACCAACUCUGCUCCCGCCCCUGCUCCUACCGUCUCGGCUCCUACCGCCUCAGCCCCCGUCGCCACUCCUGCUCCCACCGGUGGUAGCGGCUCCAACGGUUACGCUGCUUGGUCCCCCUGCCAGGACCUUGGCGCGUGGAACUGCAUCGAUGGCAAGCAGUUCCAGCGCUGCGGCGCCGGCAACAUGUGGUCCCCUCCCCAGGGCCUCGCCGCCGGCACCUCUUGCCAGUCUGGCGUCGCCAAGGACAUCAUCUUUGUCUAA